AUGAAGAUGGCAACUUCCGCAACCCGAAUGGCAAACAAAUCAGCUCCCAAAAUGGGGAAGUUGGGGUUCAAAUUGACCAACCUUGGCUCUUUACCCGCUCAUAAGUCUCCAUCGUGGACUGCUUCUUCGUACGAAUCGACAUGGAUCCGGUCAAAGAGCACAACGACAUCGACGUUCGCUGAAAGACUUGCAGUCAAAAGUCGCACGCCGGUUCUUAGGACAAGCCCUGCGGGGAAAAAAAAUAGAGGUUCGCUACCGUUGUUUCUGAAAUCUACCUCAUUGCUUGCCUUCGUAGCAGGUAUUAUUGUGACAAGAGACCAUGUGUCUGCUGAAUCAAAGUGUGAUUUUGCAACUGAAAAUAGAGAUGAAAUUCAUCCCCAAAAAGAGUUGCGAAACAAAAAAACUCUUCGAAGCGCAGAAGAAGACAUUCGGCGAUUGGAAACAGAUUCAUCAAGAUACCCUCACCAGGUUUCUAUAGCAGCUCUCCAGGGCGAGCGUUGGACAAUGGAGGACACUUGCUCAGUUGAAAGUGGGGGAAGAUUUGUCGCUGUGUUUGAUGGUCAUGGUGGAAGUGCUGUGAGCACUAUGCUAAGAGAUCAUCUUUACCGAAUCUAUCGGAAGAAACUUGUCGAAAUACAUGGGGCUGAUGUGAGUGGUAACGGCGCCGAAGGUAUAAGAACCCCCACGGCUUCGAGUCAUGUUCAAGCUAUCAGCGAAGCAAUACAGAAAGUUGAGGCCAAGGUGAUGACUCGAGAGGACCUAGUCUAUCAGGGAAGCACAGCUGUGGCCGUGAUCAUGCACGUGGAUAAGGAUAAGAAAAGGACCAUUUUGGCUGCCAACGUGGGCGAUAGCCGAGCUGUGUUAAGCCGAAGUGGUAAGGCUGUUCCGUUGACAAGAGACCAUAAGCCGAGCGAUGAGCGAGAGAGGGCUAGACUCAGGGCUAUCGGUGUGGAAAUAGAAUGGGACCCCUAUGGUCAGCUGUUCCGCGUAUGCGAUCUUUCGUUAUCCCGAGCAAUCGGAGAUAGGUUUGCAAAACCAGCUGUCAGUAGUGAGACGGAGAUUUCGCGCUUCCCAUUGCUGGGGAAAAACGAUGAAUUCGUUAUUCUUGCAUCAGAUGGCUUGUGGGAUGUUAUGUCAAGUCAAGAAACAGUCGACUUCGUCCAUCAAAGGCUUUCCAAUUUGAGGCGCCACCAAUCAGUGCAAAAUCACUCAGAAGAACGAUUUAAGGUUGCAGAACAAUUGGCGAAGGAGGCACUGGAGCGAGGAUCGGCGGAUAAUGUGUGUGUGUUGAUUUUGUGGCUUUCUGACCAGUCAAGAAGUUCAAACUGA